AUGUUGUCCGAAGCCGAGCGCUACAAAGAAGAGGACGAGAAGCAGCGGCAGAGGGUCGCCGCCCGCAACCAGUUGGAGACGUACGUGUUCAGCGUGAAGCAGGCGCUAGACGACGCGGGAGACAAGCUGAGCGAAGCUGACAAGAGCACGGCGCGCCGGGAGUGUGACGAUGCACUCAAGUGGCUAGACAACAAUAACCUUGCAGACCAGGAGGAGUACGAACACGUUAAAGAAAGAGACAAAAUGCCAGCUGUUGGAAUUGAUCUUGGAACAACUUAUUCGUGCGUUGGAGUGUGGCAACAUGGCAACGUGGAGAUCAUCGCAAACGACCAAGGCUCCCUGUUCGAAGUAAAGGCGACGGCCGGUGACACCCACCUGGGAGGGGAGGACUUUGACAACAGACUCGUGAACAGAACUUCGAUAUGA